CCACAACCAAUUCACUCGGCGCAUUGCUGGCUAACGCAGUUAUGACUAAUUCUACCGAGCCCAGUAUAGUUUUCUCCACGCGGUUCCCUCACAGAUUAACUCAACAUAUUACAUGAACAGCGUUCAAGCUGACUUACCUGGGCUCAACCUGCGCGAUGUCAGAGCAAGAACUCUCGGCCAAAGAGGCAUACUUCAAAGAGCAAUCAUUGCUUGACCUUUCCGAUGACGAGCGAGACCUCCCGGACGAGAGCUUCGGUACUCUCGAGCGCGCUUUAGCAGAAUCCAAAACGAUGCCGCCACCGAAGCUCUUGAGGCAGACAAGCAGUUUCCUUGGACCAACGCCUAAAGAAAGGCAGGCAGAGUUCGACGCGCAUACCAAUAGACGGCGUGCUGCUUCACGACAAGAGGGUCAUAAGCUAAUCCGCACGUCAACAGCGCCAGAACCAGAAUUCACAAAAAGCUUCCCCGUCACUAAGUCGCAAAGUGGACUAGCAUCUGGCCCGGUGGUUGACAAUGGCAAAAGGCUGAAAAGAGUGUCAUCACUACCGGAGCUCGCUGGCAAAAGCCUCAUACCAUUCUACAAGCAGGUGGGAGUCAUUCCUCGUGAGCUGAAGAAUGGAAAAAAGGUCAAGCCUGCAGACAACAUCAAGCUAGAGCCGAAGCACAAGCAGUUGCUGCAAGGUAAAAUCGUCUACUUCUACCCAAACGAUGAUAUAAGCAUGGUUCGACGAACGCGCAUACAUAAGGCGAUCCAGCUAGGAGCAGCAUGGGUCGACAGGUGGAGAGACGAUGUAACUCACAUCAUGCUUGAUGAUGACAGUUAUACUUACAAUCAAUUGCUACGGCACGUGAACCGAGCAGGCUUUCCGAAACAGGUUGUUCUGGUCAAGUUCGACCCAUAUAUACCACAAUGCAUCCAAUUCGGAACGCUCUUGGAUCCAAGUGCGCAACGCUUUCUAGUCAAGGGCGCACCUCAACGGACUCAGCCUGGUCAAGGAGUAGAGUCAUCACAAUCUUCUGGUCCGUCGCAGAACUCACUUCAGAUCAAGCGUUCAGGACGGCAAAUCGCUGCUCAGGGAUCACAGAAGACAGACUCGCAUCCGGCUGAAGAGAGCGUGGCUACGACCCAUCCCGAAGUCGAAGCUUCCAAUAGCAAAUUAGUAGACAGAGUCAAAGACAGCUUUGUGAUGCCCUCUUCGGAACAGGCUGUGGACCACUUCAACGACGCCCUGUCUCAGGCCAUUCAAGAGGCGAAAGCCCUUGCACACCUUCCGCUCGAUGAUGACGAGGAUGCAGACUCUCCCACAGCAAGUGCUGCGGACGACGGAGACGAUUCAGGAACAGAUGAGGAGCCUCUUACGUUGGCGCCCAAACCUCGGAAGAAGUUCAGUGUUGUUUCAAAGGCAUCCGCUCUACGAGACAAGAACACCCUUAACCUGAACGCCUUCCAAUGUAUGGACCCGGGGGCCGGCGGGUACACUUCUCAAAACCCAAACGCUCGAACGAUUCAAAUAUUGGACGAGAUGUGCAGGCACUACGACAAGAUGCAAGACACGUGGCGCACACUGGCCUAUCGCAAAGGCAUCACAACAUUGAAGAAGCAGACCACCAAGAUCACCACUGCAAGACAGGCUGCUGCAUUACCUUUUAUUGGCUCUCGACUCGCGGACAAGAUCGAAGAGAUUGUGCUCACUGAUCGUCUCCGCAAGUUGGAUAAUACGCGGGACGACCCCUUGGACGCAGUCUUACGCCUCUUCCUUGGUAUCUACGGCGCGGGCCUAGUCCAAGCGAAUAAAUGGAUCCAAGCAGGCUACCGGACGCUCGAAGAUCUCCAAACGAAAGCAAAGCUCACGGCGAGCCACGAGAUUGGUAUCGAGCACUAUGAUGACUUCAACUGCCGGAUCCCGCGCGCGGAAGUCGAAGCUCAUGGCGAUAUCGUGAAACGCACGUUAGGGAAGAUUGACGAUCGAUUCGAAGCCACAGUCAUGGGCAGUUAUAGAAGAGGCGCGAGAGAUUCAGGCGACAUCGACAUGAUCCUCACGCGGCCUGGCGCAUCUCUUGCAACACUCCGCACCGUGGUCUUUGACGUUCUCAUCCCUCAACUGUACAAAGCCGGCUUUCUCAAAGCUUCGCUCGCAACAUCACGCUCCAACGAUCCGACAGGGACUAAGUGGCACGGAGCUUCUUGUUUGCCUUUGUCAAAUGUCUGGCGUCGUAUGGAUUUCUUGCUCGUCCCAGAGGAAGAAAUGGGUGCGGCGCUGAUUUACUUUACUGGAAACGACAUUUUCAAUCGGAGUAUACGGCUAUUGGCGAGGAAGAAGAAUAUGAGGCUCAACCAGAGAGGGCUGUACAAGGAUGUCAAGAGGGGUAGACGGGGGGAGAAGUUGAACGAGGGGGUUUUGGUGGAGGGGAGGAGUGAGAAGAAGAUAUUCGAGGUUUUGGGCGUCCCCUGGAGGGAGCCGCAUGAACGGAUUUGCUAGACAGACGCCUUGCCUUUAGUGCUAAGUUUAGACAAAGAAGCAGGCAUCUCCAAGACUGUGCCCGAAUAAAGUCGGAC